UAAUUAUACAUAUUAAAUAUUAAUUUUAUGAAUAACCAAGCUCGUUUUCGAUAGAGUUCCAAUGCUUAAAGUUUUAAUUAUUUACCUGCCUGGAAAUAAAAUGACUUAGAAGAAAGGAAAAAAUAUCAAAUUAUCCUUUUACCUGUCAAUCAGCCAAGAGAGGAUUAUAUCAUUAGUUCAAUUUACUAAAUGUUUAAUACUAAAGACAUAGAAGUUAAUAAACUCAUCUAUUAUUACUUUUAUAAGCUCAAAGAAAGUGGACCACAUUAAUUUUUAACAAAUAAAUUAUACUAAAUAUAAGAAGAGGAUUUAGAAUUCUUCAUUCCUUAAUUAGUGUAUUUUAUGUAUUUUAUUUUAAGGUACAUACUGAUAAAGACCGAUUCUCCAUAUUUAGAAAAGUUUAUAACAACAUUGUGUAACAAAAGCAUUGCCUUAUAUUAAUUAAUAAAAUGGUGCUGGGUUUCAUAUUCUGACAAGGAUAGAACAGAUAAAAAUAAAAUUAAGAGAUUAUAAAGAAUAGAUGAUGUAAAAAUUACAAUAACCAUGAAUAGUAAUUUGAAUAAUCAAUGUUAACAUUACACAAUGAUCAUAAUAGUACAGUGAAAAUUCCAAAUUAAAAAUUAAAAUCAUAUUAGAGUGUUGUAGAUCUAUAUUUGAAUAAUUUGAUUUAAAUGUCAUUAAUUUUGAAAACCUAUAAACCAGAAGAGAGAAAACCGAAAUUAAAAAAUUUCAUUACAAGAGCAAAUGUAGCAUUAGAAAAAUAUCGUUUAAAAAAUUAAGAACAUUAUUUUUGUUAAGGAAUCACAGUACCUUUUACAAUGAGCAAAGAUUAAAAUAGUGCUGUGCAUUCAAAUUUGAUAGUUAGAAUAAUUGAAGGAGAAUGUUCAUGUUUUAAUACAAAAAAAAGAGUACCAUACAGAAUAGUAGUUGAAACAAUUGAGUAAUUGAAUUAAUUAAUUAUAGUCCUCAUGAAUUAAAGUUCAAGUAACCAAAAAAAACUGCAAAUAAUUCAAUUACAAAUAAUAGAUCGAUUGCAAAUUUAGAUGAUGAUACAAUGGAAGAUUUUUUAUAAGCUGAUUUAAAUUAACCUAAUAAAUAGGAAAUUGAAAAAAAGAUGGAGGAAUUAGCUAAAAAUAGAAAUAAAAAAGAGUAUUCUGAUCUUAUGAAAAUAACAUAAAAUAAGGAACCAAAAAAAGGAAUGAAAAUGUUCAAAAAUAUAAUGAGUGCUGUAUAUUUAUCUAAGAAAGAAAAAACUGUAGAAAGAGAGGAGGAUUAAGAAUAAAUUUUGAAGGAACAAAUAAUGCAAAAUCUUUAAUUGUAUAAAUAAUUUUCGAAUGCAAUAGAGGAAGAAAAAUUUUAGAAAAAUAGAUAAAGGUAAAAAAUAUAUAAUUAUAAAAAAGGUUUAAUAUUUUAUUUCCUGAAAAAACUAAUGAGAGAACUUAAUCGUGCAUUCCAAAAUUAAAUAGUAAAUAUAGAUAAUAAGGUUAAAGAAAGGAUUAGAAUUAUUGGUUGAGAUAAUACAAAGAGAAUAAAAGAAAUGGAUUUAGAUAUAAGCAUAAAUCAAUAAAAUAAUUAACUGCGUUUGGAAGAGUUAGAUUUUUUAAAGAGUUAAUAUUAUGUAUUUAGUGAUGAAAUAAUUAAGUUUGCCCUAGAUAGGAGGAAGUUUUAAGAAAGAUAUAUGUGUAUCUUUAAUAUGAUUUGAUAGAGAAGAAGUUAGAGAAAAAUAAAAUGGAUAUUCAUUAAGAUAUAGAAUUAUUGAGUAAAUUUGGUCCCUGGGAUGAGUUAUGGGAAGAUAAGGCAGAAAUGUUGAAAAGAGAAAGUCCUUAUUAACAUUUUGAAACAUAUCGUUUGAAACCUAUAAUAGUAAAAGGAGGAGAUGAUUUAAGAUAAGAAUUAAUGACAAUGCAAAUAAUAAAUAAAAUGUAUUAGGCAUUUUAGAGUCAUGGUUUAGAUAUGUAUGUGAAAGCAUAUGAAAUUAUAGUUGUAAGUGCAAGUUCAGGUAUAUUGGAAUUUUGUGCAGAUACAAUUUCAAUAGAUGGAUUAAAAAAGAAAUAUCCUGCUUGCAAAUCUCUUGUUCAUAUUUAUAAAGAAAUAUUUUAAUAAGAUUAUGAAGAAGCUUAAAUGAGAUUUAUUUAAAGUCUAGCUUCUUAUUCAAUUAUUAGUUAUCUAUUAUAAAUUAAAGAUAGACAUAAUGGAAAUAUUCUGAUUGAUAGUAAAGGGAGAAUAAUACAUAUUGAUUUUGGAUUCAUAUUGUGUACUUCACCUGGAAAUUUGAAUUUUGAAAAGGCUCCUUUCAAAUUGACUUAAGAAUAUAUUGAUUUAAUGAAUGGAAGAAAUUCUGAUCUAUUCUUUUAUUUUAAGAAUUUAAUGUUCAGAGGAUUUAAAGCACUUCAAGGAUUUGUUGAUGAAAUAAUUAUGAUUAUUGAAAUUAUGAUGUAGGAUAGUGAUUUGCCAUGCUUUGAAAAAUUCGACGUAAAAGAAUUUAAAGAUCGUUUUAAAGAGGAAGCAAAUGAUGAAGAAUUAUAAAAAUAUGUUGAUAAAUUAAUUGAUUACAGUGACAAUAAUUGGAGAACAAUUUAGUAUGAUAAUUUCCAGAGGAUGACUAAUGGUAUAAUGCCUUGAAUAUUAAAAUAUGCGAU